AUGUCCUCGCACAAGAGGAAACGAUCUCUCUCUCACCACCUACCAGACGACGCCAUCAACCCCCUCUCACACAGUGAAGGCACGAUAAAACAGCUGCGCACCGCGGGCCUCACGGCGGACGACCUCCUGCCGUCCGACUACAUCCCGGACUUCCCGCACCGGCCUAUUCGCCCGUCCCACCAGCAGCAGCAGGCAGAUGACGGCAGUGAAGACGACAAGGAUGGAACUGACGAUGGGGCAGGCAGCGACGAGAGCAGAGCGGACAGCGCCAAGAAGGCGCAGCAGCGGCGGCAGUCCCGCGACGCGCAGGAGAAGCAGCUCGGGUUCCUGACGAACACGAUCCUGCGGGCGCUGGAGGAGGGCGACAUCCCGCGGGCCAAGAGGGCGUUCAGCUUGGUGCGCCGGUCCGAAGUCCGCGGCAAGCCGGUCGACCUGAGGAAGAACGCGCUGUGGAGCCUCGGGGCGGAGAUCCUAAUGCGCGACGGGGAGGUGAGAUCGAGGAGCGUGAUGCCGGGGGAGCCUGGGCCUGAGGCGAGCGCCGGCGAGCGCGAGGACCCCGGCGUUGAGGACGAGGGCGCCGCGACGAGGAGGAAGAGGAGGUGGGGCUCCGCGGCCAACAUGCCGCGGCUGCGGGCCUACCUCGAGUCGCUGGUGCGGCAAUACCCGUACAACCGGCUGCACCCGGACAGCAUCAGCGACCUGGACUUCCACCCGGUGCUGUUCGGUUGCGAGUUCUACGAUGCCUGGGCCGAGCAGAGGCUCGCGCUGGAGCGGCUGGCCGACGAGUCCGAUUCGUGGAGCGACGGCGACCUCGACGUCGUCCCCGAGAUGGACAUGCCGGACUACUACAACGACGACGGCGGCGGCGCGCGUGAAGAAGACAGCCGGUACCGCCAGGGACAGAGCCUCAGCGGAAGGGAGAGGCGGCUGCGCCAGGCAAAGGCCGAGCUCGGGCUGCGGGCCCUCGCGGCCAUGCGGGACGUGGCGGCGCGCAUGGACAGCCUGAUGGAGAACGCGCCCUACUCGCGCAGCGCCGAGCUGCUGCGGCUGCGCGGCAUGGUGGCGCUGUACAUCGGGGACCUGAGCGUGCCGCCGGGGCCGCGGACGGCGGACGAGGACGAGGAGGGCAGCCGGGUCAAGGGGUUGGAGCAGGAGAGGGCGAGGGCCUUCUUCGUGCGCAUGGUGAAGAGCGGGGGGCGGACUGAUGCGUGUACGGAGAGGUGGCUACGCGAUGGGAACGCCAGCGAGGAUGACUACGGAGCCGACGAUGACGACGAGGGCUUUCAGGGCAGCCAGUGGGGUGGACUGCCCGUGUUUUCGUCGUUGCCUAUGCGGUAG